AUGCUGGGGCCCGAGUCUCCGCCGGUCGUCGUCUGGUCUCGGCCGCCGUCCCUCCGCUCCAUCCGCAGCGGGAAACGCGUUCUUCCAGGACAGGUGAGUACUCACCAGGUAUCACUUUGUGAUCACCAAGAAGUGCAGUAUAUUUUGGUCGAGUAUUCGGUAUAACUCCGCUGAGUAGUACUUUUCUGCUCAUGUUAUAGUACAUUCUUGACGUCUCAAAACCCUCUUUUCCUCUCUUAUAAUGGCAGAGUCCCAAUUCAAGGCCAUGUCUCUACGAGGCACAGUUUCGACUGAUUUGGAACAAUGUCCUUUGUACCUCUCAGCAAAACUUAUUCAAAAUUAAAUGUUGCCGAGUUCAGAGUUUAUAUGAGUUCGAAUCCUGUCUCUUUUCAGACUCUUUUUGAGUUCUCUAAAAUUUGAAAAUUUUCUAACUUCGAAGACAAUACCUUUUUGAGUUCUGACAAACGCAAUUCGAAAAAAGUUUUGCAACGUUAACUACGAUACUUUGCAAAGUUGUUAGGACUCGCUAUAUUUGAACGCGUUCUUGUAUCAGAAAUCAUCGCCCAGUUGUUUCUAUCAUUUUCCGUAACAAGGCCACUUAAGUACGUGCUGGACGACCCAGACACUCUAUGCGUGCUUCCGUACUCGAUGCGGCUCCUCGGCUGCCUCCUCACGCUGCUGCUCAUCUGCUCCUUGGUCGCAGCCAUUCUCAACAGCCUCCAGGGCAACUCCUACGGUUCUGCCAGUUACUGCAAACUGCCGGAACAGCCAUUCCGCGCCGACGUCCUGUUAGUUCCUCUUCCUCAUCUAUCGAUGUUUCUCAAAUAAGCUGAUGGGGGUUAUCUCGAAGCAAGAUAUUCUUGGGGUAGAGUAGAGAGAAGGACGACUUCGUGCUGGCUUAAGGUUUAAGGGAAGAAUUAACUCUCAGAAGGUCUGUGAUAAUUUUAUUGAGACUGACUGCAGCCGAGAUCGAAAUAUUUCCUCUUAAACUUCUCAAAAAGGAAAUGAGAAGAAGCUCAAAGUCCUUGAUUCUUUUUCAAGUUUUUCCAUCGAGUUUGUUUUGCCUGACAGCUGAGAUUCAUCAAGGGAAUUCUCUUAUAAAAAGAGAGAAAAAAACCUUUUUCUCCCCAAAUCAAAAGUGACAUUUCAGUUUCAGAUGCCCGCAGGAAUCCAUGUUUUUCUACUAUGUAUGCUGCACAUCCGAAGACGGAAAGCCAUUGAAAUGCUGCCCCAAAAUUCGAAUUUGGCUACUGUAUGUUUCUUUCCAAAACUCAAAACACGAUGGCUUCGUUUGUAUGUGACGGUAUACCAAGAAAAAAAUAGGGACAAGGAAAAUCCAAUCUGAAUGAAAGAGAGCACGAGCAAAGCCAUUUUUUCGAACUAACUCUAGCUAACAUGAGCAACAACUAAUUGGCAGGCUUUCAAGGCUGGCGAUCGUGUGCGUGGCUUUGUCGUGUCUACUGAGCAUAGUCUACGCCUUCAUCCGGUACUUCUGCAAAUGCCACGCCCACAAACCGGUUCGGCUACAGUCCGACGUCUAA